GACACUGUACUGACGUGAAGGCAACAAAAAUGCCACUACAAUCUUCGUCAUUGGAGGCAGGGUUGGGAAUGAUGUAGCGGUAGAGUUUGAAACACUCUGUUUUGACGGAUCGAUACACAGAGCUAGUCGACAGCACGGACAUGUCAGUGCACCGGUGGAACACACAUUACCGCCGCGUUCCGAUGUUUUGUACUACCAGUCAGCAACGGUGAAGUUACUCUUAUAUCCCGGCGCUUGUAUUGAUCGUGGUUUGGAGGAGCUCCUUCGUCCAUCUUGUACUCGGAGCGUAUCGUGAUAGUGUCGGGAGCGGUGCUUAGAGACCCAUCGCCCCACCCGUGUCAAUCAAACGCCCCGUUUGUUGCAUCAGCCUGCAACUGCAACGGGUUCAGGGGAAGAAGGGCUGGACUUGUAUGUGUGGAACUACUUCCUUAGUUACCCUACUCCCUAGGCAUAGGCACAGGUAGGAGUGUGCAAGCAGGCAGCCUUAGCGUUUUGCAGUUUACUCCUUGGAUCUUGGAGAACAGGACGUCAUCUGUCAUCAGUACUGGUGGUGCAUACGGUACACAAUGGCGAUAUUGCUGUAGAUGUGAUGGAACACCAUGCUGUAUUGAUGUGAUGGAACACCAUGCUGUAUUGAUGUGAUGGAACACCAUGCUGCCAAUGUUCCUACACCUCAUGUCACUACUGGUGAUCUGAUCGACGCCGUCGGCUCUGAACUGAGGCACUAUCUAACUACAGGCAAGAGAGAGGAGAACUUUGACUGUACUCCUGGCCGGAAGCCCGAGCGCAAGAAAACACAUAUAGCCAUGUCAAGGCCUAGGUCAGCGGCAGGAACAUCUGCGUCCAGUAGCAAAUCUCUGGCAAGAUCUUCCUCCACACAGUCUUUAUCAAGCACAUCCUCCUAUGCAAGCGAUGCGGCUGAGUCCAAACAUGCUCGUGAUGUUAGGAGGAGACUGGAGGAUCAAGUUGUCGGAGGUGGAAGCAAGAGUCAAUCAAACUUCUCCACAUCUACACCGAGAUCAAGGUCAUCCCAAUCAAUGGCAUCUUCUCAAAGACAAUCCGGUCGCUCAGCUAUUUCAUCUACCAGCUCACACCGGUCCACGUCCACAAGACAGAGUUCGUCACAGUCUUCACAGCACCGGAGAACUGGAUCAACACCAAGCCAUAAGCUGACAGGAGGUGAAGCUCACCGCCUCAUGUCACUUGCUACAAAGCUGAUUGUGGCUACAGAAACAGUUGCCAUGGUCCCCACACCGGAGAAGAGCACCAAGCUUCGGCACAGCAGUGUACCAUCCUCUAUACAACAGCUACGCAGAGGCACGGAAAAACUGGAGCAGAAGUUGAAACGCCACCGCCAGCUCUCUGCCAGGGAUAUGGAUAGGUCAUCAUCUUCCCUUGCUCUUGAUGACCUGCAAGCCAGUGGCUCAGAGAUCUCAGUAGCUGAAAGCGUGGACCUGAUGCAUACUCAGAGGGAAACUCCAAGAAGUAGCAAACACAAGCAGCGUCCACACACAGCAAAGCAGUCCAGUGGCGGAAAGUCCUACCCCACAGUAAACGUAUCACCGCCAUCAUCAACUGUUUCUCUUGACCAGCGCCAAGCAUCAGCAUCUCAGUCUUCGCUGAAACAGCGCAAGGGAGGUAGUGAUCUGGUGAGUAGGUCAGAUACAACAUUGGUGUACUCCAGGAACCGUGCAACCAGGCAGGACGAUUCUCAAUUGCACGCCCGCCUGAAAGACAGUCCCUACAAGGCAAGGAUGAACUUGUCCUCUGGCUACGGUGUGUCAUCCACAUCCUCACUUCGAGCAGGACCCGGCACGGUAAAUCGCAGUCGUCAAAGCAUGGCAGGUGAUGGGUCAUAUGCCCUACCCCCGUCUACGCACGGCAGCGGUCAGCCUCGCUACAUGGUUGAUAUGGCAACUCAAACAGUGGAAGACAAAGCCACUCAAACGGACAGCCUCGCCGAUGCAUCGUCACCGCAAAGUCCAGAGUUGACGUAUACGGAUUUGUCAGGCACUAGAAGAGAAGUCGAAAGUCGCAGUCGUCCACUGUCCACAGCGGAUGUGUCGACACAAGCAGUGCACUUCACAAGUUCCAGCAGUCAGCUUGCAAAUGAGGACGGACAGGCCCAUUCAACAUCUUCUACCAGUGUGGAAAUGUCUACGAAGGCGCCGAAGAAAUCUCACGCGUUACUGAUGAAAGAAGCUGAGGCUAUGCUGGAGAAGUUGCAAGCUCUUGUACAGUAUGAAGUAGAAGUGUACACAGGAUCGUUUGUACCGCUCUUCGCUGCUGACAAUCAACUGCUAAUCACACUGUGCGGGACUGAGCAUGAGAGUGAAGAACAGCCGUUGGAGACGGAUGACGAUGGAGCACCUGAGCUAGAAACUAAUACAAAGCACACGUUUCGUCUGCACUGUGAGGAUGUGGGCAGUGUCAAGAGUAUACGAUUCAAACACACGUCAGGUGAUGGUUGGCUGCCGGAAAAAGUAGUGGUGCGUCGACAACCUGACCAAGUUAGCUUCAUCUUCAACUUUAGUGGUGAGUCUGGGACGAGUGCAAGAAACUUCACAGCGGCAUUAGCAUCUGCUGAAGUUGCAGAAUCUCGUGGUGUGUUCGAGGUUAAUCAACAACAACAUCAUCAUCAUCAGCAGCAGCAGCAGCAGCAACAGCAGCAUUACAGCGCUAUGCCUAACCACCAACAGCUCUAUGCUCCGCAGCAGCCGGUAGCAGGACCAGGCAACCAGCAUCCAGCCUACAUGCCAGUUUUGCAGCAAGUGGGAGCUCAGCAGCCCUACCUGUACCCUCACCCACCAUUUCCUAACCAACCGUUUGUGCUGCCCUCUGGCCCAGCUGCACCCAUGCAUGCACCCGGUCAGUACAUGCCACAAUCUGGCCAGGUUGUCAUGACUCCCAGUGGACCAAUGACUUGGCUGCCCACAGCAGAGCAGCCGCAACAGGCAGUGGCGAACAUCGGCCUCUCCCCACAAUCCGUUGCCGGCAGCACCGGUGCAAGUCCUUUGGCCGGCACAGCUCUGCAACAACACGGUCAGAUUCCACGGCAGAUGUCCAUCGGGUUGGAAAGUCUGGUCAGCGGCCAAACCGGGCAGGAUGCAGGUAACAGCGAGGACAAACAGAGCAUUGACAAGUUUCUGGAUGGAUUUCGGGUUGGCGUGGAGGCUGGAAAGAGGAAAAGUAGCGGUGGUAGUGUUGCUGUGGAUGACCAAGAGGCAUCUAUGACCCAGCGACAACUGGCUAGCCCUGAGGGAGAUUCUAUUCAUGAGGCGGCGAACGAGUCAAACGUUUCAAGACUUCGGGACCUACUGGACAAAAGCACCCAUUGGCUAAGUGUGGCUGAUGAGAAUGGACUACUACCAAUCCACUGUGCUGCUUCACAUGGUCAGCUUGAUAGUCUCAAGAUUCUGUCAAGCUAUGAGGUUGAUCUUGAAGCUACAACAUCCACUGGAUACACUGCAUUGCACUGCGCUGCCAUGCAUGGUCAUGUCAGGUGUAUGAAGCUGUUAGGAGCGCUUGGAUGUAGCAUCAACAGUCGAUCAAUUGACCGUCAAACACCCUUACACCUGGCAGCUGCCAAUGGGCACCUGGAAUGCUGCAAGUGGCUGAUUGCAAACCGUGCCAAGCUGAAGAUGAAGGAUUCCAAUGGACGCAAACCCAAGAAAAUUGCAAGGGAGAAUGGCCAUGCUGUGGUUGCGGAUUUCUUGGAAAGUUGCCAAGAGGAGGCAGCAAGGGCCGGUAGUGCACUGAGUUUACUGAGGACUCCUAAUAGUGUUGCUGCUAGUAUCACCAAUGGUGGAAAGUUGUCCAAGCGACAAAGCGUGUCUUACUGGCAAAGUGACAACGAUUCAGUGGCCGAAUCCGAUCGAAUCGAAACCUCCCCAACGGAAAAUAGCCGACAGCGUCGAAAAGGUCACCACCAUCUAGGCAAGCACACCGAGGAGCAACAACAGCAGCAACACUACGAGAAGCAUCAGGAAAGGAUGACUGCCUCCAACCAGAGUUUCUUGGAUGCCGUUCGACAGGAAGCCGAAGAAGCCCAGUAGAGAAAUGAGUAGAGUGAGUGAGUGAGUGGUGGAUGUCUGCGAUGCUCUUUUGCACGGCAGCGUCCAGACUAGCAGUAUAGCCAUGCCUAGUAUGAUAGCAUGCUUCAGCGGCAAACACUACAAGCAUCCAGCUGCAUACGAAUACAACAAUGCCAAACAGCAUCUCAAGUUGGUGAUGAGUGGGGCUGUGUGUAUAUGCUCCUACUUCCAGUGACUGCAUGAACAUAGUACAGCCAUGUCCCCCUGGUUUUAGUGCCACCGGUUGAACUGUGUUUCUGUGAUGCAAUCACUCUGACCUGGCGACCUGGACUGAUUUGUUACGUUUACAUGUACCUUGAGUAGCAGCUCAGUGAUCAUAGUACCGUGCAGUCUUGUACUUUCAGUGAUCAUAGUACUGCAGUCUUGAGUAGCUGCUCAGUGAUCAUAGUACCGUGCAGUCUUGUACUUUCAUUGCGGCAUAGUACUGCAUUACGACCCUCACCUUCUUGGACAACCUUUUUGAAGAAGUGACCUGAGUUUGAUGCCACAGUAGGAUAUUAAUGAACACAGAGAUUGAGAUUGGAGAACAUACCUAGGGCAUGUAGAAUAGUAAUACCUAUAUUAUGGUGCUGUUUCAGUCGAAGCAGCCCGACCUGUGAGAAUUCAUACUAUCAUGACUUGCACAAUACAUGGCCUGUUCAUUCUCUAAUGCAUGCCGGUCACGAUCACGGUUUCGGACCCCAUGCGAUGAUGUUUAGCCCUGUGCCUGGCUACCGCGGCCAUGAACAUUAUUGUGUGCCUUCCGCAGAGGUGCAGUUCCGGCGUGAUGUCUAUUGUUUGUUCAGAGUAUUCUUACCAGUGACACUGAUAAUGACAAUGGCACGCCGUCUAGUCUGUGUACCAAUGACUACGUCUCUUUUUGUCUCUCAUACCGUAUCCAUGACUUCAUAAUGUUAUUAUCCAGCCAGACUUACUAGGCAGUUUUUGCUACUCCGCAUGUAUGGAAUUUAUAUUUGGCAAAGGUCCUAGUUCUAGCUUUACUAGUACUGUGACAAGUCUUGAUCUCAAUAUCAUAUAUAGUAUACGUAUACUGACUAGGCCGCACACAUUCCCUGUAUUGUUACUUCAGAAUUUAAAAGUACAAACACGUGA